AUGGCUCUAAGGCGGCUCCCGGGGGUUCGAGAACUUGACGUCCUGCUUGCUCUGUGCAAGGCAGCUGGCUCUGUUCAGCGUGGUGACCAUGCUGCAAAACUCGUCUCUCUGCUGGCUGGGUACCUACCUACGCUCCAUACACUCCGCAUCCAUUCGUCUCCCUUCCUACAUAUUUACAAACCCUCGCCGUGGGAAACCCUGACCCAUGAUGUUGUUACGGCGCUGCUUUCAUUGGGCUCUAGGCACAAGUCGCUGCAGGAUGACGUCCACGAAGCCAUUGACGAGUACUUGGAAAAUUGUCACCAGGCAACAGACCGCCUGCCGGCCGUUUUUGAUGCAGAUGGGACAGGGAUACAGGUCGAGAGCCAUGAAUCUACGGAUGUGACUACUCUAAUGGUAUCGCUAGUGGGAUUUCUCCGGGCCUCGUCCGAGUUCCCCCAUUUUUGGGCACCACUGGAUCGCCUUGCUAUUGUAAAGCAGUUACACAUCAUUCUAUCAGAGAGGUUCCUGGUAGCUGUGGAGACCAUCUCUUCCGGCAUACGGAACUCUCGCUCUCCAGAUCCUCUGCUACACGACUGGAGACGGUACACCCGCCAGUAUGCGGCUGACGGACGGCCCCUUGGCUCCAUGCUGCUACAACAGGCUUUCAUGGGCUUUCUAAAGUCCUGCACAUCUCCUGUUGAAAAUGAUAAAACCCCACCGCUGCCAGAUGAUACCCUUCUCUCCCGAUAUGCAGACAGUAGCUAUGUAGCUAAAGCUUCAGACCGCGGGAUGAUGAGUCUGGUAAAAUACGCCACAGAAAUCGCGGGUGACCAGAUCAAUCUCCUCGAAGAAGGGUCGGAUUACCUACAAGUUAGCUCCACUUGGCAACAACGCCUUGCAUUCUUGGUCAAGGCUUUGUCAAUAAUGUGCUCUAUCAACUGCAUCAUGGUUGACCAGGAUUCUGUGGAUCUAGACCUGCUCUUCACAUCCCUAGACAAUACCAUUUCAGAUCCAGACCAAAUGAUGAACAAGGACCUAGCUACUGUUGUUCUUAAGGCUGCUGUAAUUCUAGCAAGGCUAUCCCGAGGCAGUGCAAACGGGCUAACCCGCUCUCUUCUUCGCUUCAUUGUCCAAAAUGGCCAAAGCAGCCCUGUUGUCGCACUGGCUGCCCAAUGUUUGGCCCAGAACCUCCGGCUUCUUUCUCAAGAUACCGUCAUAGGCACCCUAUAUUCUCUCGGAAACGUCCUUAGCUCUGGGUCGGCAGCUGACAAGGCUGCCACUGCUCUAACUGCCGAGUCAGGCACUGGCUAUUCUCAUUCGAUAGAGACUCGUGCUCCCCCCACGAAUGAGAGCUUCUUAUCCCUUGCUAUUGAUGGAGAGGGUGAUACCUCCGUCACAGCUAGAAAUGUGGUACAUGCCAUUGUAACAAUCGCCACUUAUAGUGAAGAUAGCAAGAUCGUCGCCCUUGCACAGUCUAUUCUGGUGCAGAAGAUUGGCAAGGCGAAUGUCGUAGUCGAUGCAUACAUCAUCCAGGAGACUGCGGCUCUUUCAUUGAAGAGUGAGCCUGCGGAGUUCCGUCUCUUGCUGAAGUUCUACUCUCGUCUACUGCGAGAUACUGUUGCUCAGGGGAAUAACCUCAUGCUGGAAGCGAUACACAAAGCAAGGAAUUACCUUGCAGCAAAUCUCGACCGAAACAGUGAAGUGUUCAAGAUCUAUCUUGUGUUCCUCCUUGAGAGCCUAGUUAACCAGGGAGCUGCUGUCGAACGUGAAAAGGUCCAUCCAGAGGAUCUUGAGGCAACUGCUAAACAAAUUGCCCCAAUAUUGAAACCCCUUGCUAUACUACUAGCUAGGGCAGGUCGUCUAGAUCAAUUAGCCUCUGGAGUGUGUGACAAUGAUGAUAUCACAGACAUGCUCCGGGAUGCGUGGUUCAACAUUGCAGCCCAUGAUAUAUCACUUCACUCAGAGCUUGGAAAGGCGAACUACGAACAGCUACGUAUCCUCGCCGAACACUCUCCUCCGCUUGUCUCCGAGAACCGCGCUGAACUGCUCGAGAGUGACAUUGAGUUGAAUACAAUUCUAAGGCGUGGCCAGAGCCCUCAGACAACCGUUGAAAAGAAAAAGAACCUAACUGCCGAGCUGCCGGCACAAGAACAUGAUAUCCGACGCCUGAACUACCCCAAGGCACUCUUCCUCAAUGCAACGCUACUCAUAGAAACUCUCCGUGCUAACUCUGGAGAUUGCACCAAAGUGUUCACUUACUUCCUCGAUCCGACCUUGGGUGCCUCGGAAAUGGGCAAUUGCAUGAGAGCAAUUGCGGACAAAGUUGUGACCGUCUACCUUGAGAAAACUCUCCGAAGCACAUCCGUGAAAUUCUCGGCCCCUUAUAUCGCCAAACAGCUAGCUGAUACUUUUACUGCUUGUUGCCAUCGUAUCGUCCAAGUCCAACAAACUGCUACAUUGGCUGCAAAUAAGAUAAUCAUGCAAUGCCCGUCAGCCCUUUGCCAGAAGCUCUCAUUGUUUACUCUGCUUGACUUAAUUACAUUGCUCUGGUCAUCGUGCAUGGACGAGGAAAUGGAUGAGUUUGCAUGGAACUCUACUUUCACGUCAAGCAGGCGGACGGUCCAGGUUGUUUUAUCAGACAAUUAUGAUUUCAGGAGGCGCACCUUGAAGAAUCUUCAUAACUCAGCACGCACUUGGAUCUCAAAUGUUAUGAACAUCGCACCUUUAGAUAUCAAGGGGCUACUGCAGACGUACCUUUCUGAUUACGAUGAUGAUGGCGUGUAUGGCAACAUAAACAUGGGCCGUUCGCUAGCGCUUGAGAUGGGAUCAGCAAUCCCCUUUGCCGACCAACGAUUAGGAUCGAUUGAUAACCCAGGCGGCACUGUUCUCAAUGUUGCUUCCGACUUCAUUUCUCAGUAUACUACUCGACAAGAGUACCGAUACUCUGAAGCUGCCCCAGCUCGCAGAGGAAAGUCUCCUCUAGCGAUAUCUUAUGGUAUUUAUUUAUUUUAUUUGGGCUCUGGUAUCAACCUUCUAACAUCUUCAAUAGGUCAAAGCACCACCGCCCGGGUGACUGAUUACCCUGACACUGUGCAGGAAGCUCUCGCAGCCCUCGAGCAUCAAAUUAGAACAGAGAAGCAUAUCUCGCUGGACCUUCCUCGACACAUUCUUCGCCGCGCCGCUGCUCUCUUGUGUAAUACGGAUGAUAGCCAUGCGACAAUUAUCGCUUACCUAGUCAGCAUCCCCUUCCAGAUAUUUACGAAAGAGUCCAUCAGGAUGGGAAUUGCUCUGUGGCUAGGAGUUAUCAAUGAAAAACCAUCUAUGGAAUCCAGAAUAUUGGUAGAAGUAGCGCAGGCAUGGGAACGUACUAUUCGUCGCAAGCAAGGAAUCUUCGAUCCGAACUUCAAACAUAAAAAUCCUUUUAUGAAUAAGCUUGAAUCGUCCCCGUCGGAUAAAGAAGCGAUCGUCCGGCGUCAUAAGAAGGCUCAGAACAUCAUAUCUCCUCAUUUCCUGGCUUUGCAGUUCCUAGAAAGCCAUUUCAGCGCAAGCAGGCUGGGCAGCUUGAAUACCCAGCAGGUGUUCAGACGCCUGGUCAGCGAGACAUUGAUUGCCUUGAGAGAUUCUACAGGCCACCCACUAGCUCGCGAGAUUCACUUCCACAUCAUCCUUUUUAGUCUCAAGGUGCUCCAUUCAUUCUCUGGGCAGAGUAACGUUAGUUCCUGGAAACUGAAAGAUCAAAUUCUCUCUGCUGCACUGAGCUGGUUCAGCCACUCUCCAAGGUGGUCGUUUGGAGGAAAUCGCUUGCAGCUCAAAGCUGAAGAUCAGGUCCUCCACGAUAUAGAGUCUAUGUUGGAGACGGUAUCUUGGAAAGAGGUAGUGGACUCAAAGUCACAUAAAUCACUGCAAGCAAAGCACGAUCUACUCCUCAUUCUGAUUGGAAAUGAACGCUCUCGACUUAAAGUCUGGCUUUCUCCACUCGACCUAGAAAAGAAAUCAUACUUCUUCUAUGGAACUGGUAACAAGACCGUUACUGAGGAGACUGUCGCGGGACUUCUUCGAUUGGCAUGGAAUGAAAACCCAAGCUUAGCACUCCAGCUAGGAUCACGGUUCCCAUCCGCUAAACUGCGAACUGAUAUCCGAUGGCUUCUACUUAACUUCCCUGAAAAGGCACUUAAGGAACCAAACGCUUUGGAAAUUCUACUUGGGUCAGCUCUUCCGGAGGAUGUCUCAUUCCAGCUCAAGUACCUCCUCUAUUGGGAGCCGAUCGAUCCAAUCUCAGCUGUCACUUAUCUGUUGCCAGCGUAUGGAAACCAUCCGUUUAUUUUGCAAUAUGCCCUUCGAUCCCUCGAGAGCUUCCCCGUCGAUGUUGGCCUUUUCUAUGUUCCACAGCUCGUGCAGGCUCUUCGCUAUGAUGCACUGGGGUAUAUAGAACGCUACCUUUCAAAUACAGCCCAGCUGUCCCAGAUGUUCGCCCACCAAGUCAUCUGGAAUAUGAAGGCGAACGCCUACAAGGAUGAAGACUCUCAGAUUCCUGAUCCACUCAAACCGGUACUGGAUCGAUUCAUGGACCCUGUUAUUGCUAGCUUCACGGACGAAGACAAAGAAUUCUAUGAAAGAGAAUUCGCAUUCUUCAACGAGAUCACCGGUAUUUCAGGCAAACUACGGCCAUACAUCAAACGUACCAAACAAGAGAAGAAAGAGAAGAUCACAGAGGAGCUGCGAAAGAUCAAGGUUGAGGUUGGCGUGUACCUGCCAAGUAACCCAGAUGGGGUUGUUGUCGGCAUCGAUCGAAAGUCCGGAAAGCCCUUGCAGAGUCACGCAAAGGCGCCUUACAUGGCAACGUUCCGAAUCAAGAAGACGAGGAAUAUCGAAGAAGGCAGCAACGCUGUUACUCCCGCCGAAGAGGCUGACCAUGAGGAAGCGAAUUUGCAGCUGUCCCAGGUUAAAGAAUCCACUGUACAAAGCAAACGUGAGAGCCUAGCUGCGUCUCAGGCGGGGACAUAUGAGGUAUGGCAGUCUGCCAUAUUCAAGGUCGGAGACGACUGCCGUCAAGACGUCCUCGCGCUUCAAAUGAUUGCUGCUUUCCGUGAAAUAUUCGCCAGCGUUGGAUUGGACGUCUUUGUCUUCCCGUACCGUGUUGUGGCCACCGCCCCUGGAUGCGGCGUGAUCGAUGUCUUACCCAACUCGAUAUCUCGAGACAUGCUCGGCCGUGAAGCUGUCAACGGUCUGUACGACUACUUCGUAUCGAAGUACGGAGGGGAGCAGUCAAUCAAAUUCCAAGAAGCCCGAAGCAACUUUGUGAAAAGCAUGGCUGCAUAUUCAGUCAUUUCAUACUUGCUGCAGUUCAAAGACCGACAUAACGGCAACAUUAUGAUUGAUGACGCAGGCCAUAUCAUCCACAUCGACUUUGGGUUCUGCUUUGAUAUUGCACCUGGCGGUGUGCGGUUCGAGCGUGCUCCGUUCAAACUGACCACGGAGAUGAUUGCUGUCAUGGGGGGAUACCAUCCGUCUUCGUCAACGGCUGCCUCAGCCACAGCUUCUACAGCCACUACAUCCACCUCUCACUCCGCAUCGUACAACAACUCUCAAUCAUACCGUUGGUUUGAAUCACUUGUGGUUAAAGCUUUCCUUGCUUCAAGACCUUAUACGAUGAAGCUUUCAAACAUCGUAACCCUCAUGCUGGACAGCGGUCUUCCAUGCUUCACGCCCCAUACGCUGACCAACUUCCGCGACCGAUUUGUCCUAGAGAAGAGUGAACAAGAGGCAGCGCAAUAUAUGAGAGAGCUCAUCAGGAAGAGUUACGCCAGCAUGUCGACCAAGGGCUAUGAUCAGUUCCAACUCAUGACGAACAACAUCCCCUAUUGA